CUCCAGCUCGUGACCGCAGUGGUCCGCGCGACGUGGUGGGUGCUUGCUAACAGCGGUUUAAGACUUUGGACUCUCUAGUCCAAAAUAUUUUAAAUUUCCUCAUCGUUUGGACAUGGGAUAGCCAAUUAAAAAUAAUAGAAAUAUAUUUUUCUUUCCUCUGGUCAACCCGAGUUGCUUUUACGUGACUAAUUUAAUUUAAGUUUCUGUUCCAAGGUGUCGCCGCGGUUUCUCAAGCAGGGGCGUGUUUCCAGUAUUCCUUUCUGGGAACAUUUGGUGUGAAACUGUAAGUGGAAGUUUAAACCGCAGACUUUGAGCAUCCGAAAAUUGCGCAGACAUCAGGUGAAGCGCAAAGACCCGGAGCGCAAAGACAGAAGAACUACUCAAGCUCCAAAGCUCGACAACAAAGAGCGUCUUUUGUUCCUCGGAUUACUCUUCCCGGCACAUUCUUGCUGCAUGCGGAGGAGUGGUUGGAAACGUGGCCUGAAAACUGCUGCAAGGCAAAGAUCUAAUCACAAUCCGCCCACUUUGUUACUAAUGGAGGCUAAAGCGACAGACCCUCUGAAGACUGCGCUCUUCAUCAUCAUCCUCCUCUCCACAGUUUCAGGUGAAAACGACUUGUACUUGAACUUCUGUGGCACCUGGCGUCACGGUCAGAACCCCCUGAGCCUGAACAUCAGCCUCUCCACCGGCUGUAGCGGGAUCAUCGUUUCAGCCAAUCGGAGCUCGCUAUCCAUCAGCGGGAAGAUCACAGCCCGGUGCUCGAGGUCUGACGUGAUUCCUCUCAACAGCUUUGGACUUAAUGCAGAGCUGGACAGCGACUUCUGUCUGUACUGGGAGCCGCUGCUGGACCAGUUAAAGCUGGAGGUAGGGGGUAAGAACCUCACUCUGUGCUGGCCAGCGAGCCCGAAGGAUUCCUGCUGCACUGAUCUGAGUAACGGCCCCAACGCAGAUGAAGCAAAGUACGGCAUCGUCAACGGAAAGAUAAAAAACGACACGGUCACAGAUAAAACUCUGACAGCCUACAACUUCACAGGCCAGUCUACCGACUACGAUAAAUUGUGUAAACAGGCAAACAAGAAGUACUUCAUCAGCAAUGAAGCGAGUGUGAUGAGCCCUCCCUGCUCUCACAGAUUGGAGUUUGGAUUGAAGGACGUAACAAGCAAAAACAUCACAUCAUCAGCCACUCCAGGUUCAUCCUCAGAGCCUGCGGCCACCGUCCGCCUUCCUACUGCUUUGAAAGAAGCUCUGCCAAAUACAAGCAAAGUGGUCAUCACCUUCUUCAAGGAGAACUCGCUGUUCCAGGAUGGUUACAAGAAGGCCAAACCUAUUAAUGAUGUGGUGGAAAUUACGGUAGAGAAUGAAGUCAUCGCAAAUCUAUCAGAGCCAAUAAGGAUCAUCUUUAAUCACGAUGACAUGCCUAUAAAACGGUCAAGGAAAUGUGUUUCGUGGGACACUGCGAAAGAUUCGUUGCUUGUGAAUUGGUUAGUGGACGGAUGUGAGACACAUAAGAGAGGAGCGAAACAGACCGAGUGUCAAUGCAACCAUCUGACAUACUUCACUGUGCUGGUGGAACUGAAGGCUCAACCAGUGCGCCACCUGCUGGCUCUCACUGCCAUUACAUCUUUAGGCUGCGCUGUAUCCUUCAUCAGCUGCAUCGCUCUCAUUGUGCUACUCUGCAGGAAGAGGAGACGAUCGAAGGACCAGUCCAGCCACAUCCACAUGGGCUUAGCCGUGUCCCUGGCCUUCCUCAGUCUGCUCUUUUUCUUUACCGGGGUUCUGGCCAACGUGGGAGGGGAGAGUGUUUGCACCUGGAUCGGACCGAUCCUCCACUACACCCUCCUCAGCACCUUCACCUGGAUGGGCAUAGAGGUGUUUCACACCUUCUGGUUGGUCUACAUGGUCUUCAACCUCUCACCAAAGCCCUACGUAUGGAACCUCAUUGGCUUCAUUCUCCCUGUUAUCCCUGUCAUCAUCCUGGUGGCAGUGGGGGACAUUUAUGGACUAAGGAUGGUGGUACCGAGUGAUGACGUCAACAAUCCUUAUAUGAUGUGCUGGAUGAAAGAAAAUGACAAAGCCUUGCUAGCUCACUAUUUCACUAACAUGACAGCCCUGGCAGUCCUGGUGUUGUCAGGGACUGUGAUGCUCUUCCUCGUCUACCUGAAGAUCCGCAUUAAGGAUGAUUGGAAGAAGCAUCAUGUGGCUUUUCUCAGCAUCUGGGGCCUCAGCUGCCUCUUUGGGACAACCUGGGGUCUGGCCUUACUGAACGUGGAAAUGCUGUCGGACCUCAUUCAGUUCCUCUUCUGCAUCUUUAACUCCUUCCAAGGCUUCUUCCUGAUGCUGAGGUUCUGCAUGCUGGACUGGAUGCGGAAGCAGGCCGAUGGCUCUGUUCUGGGCAGCACCAGCUCUGGAUCUACAAGGCAACACAUGCUGCAGUGCCAGGAGAAGAGUUAACUGGACUAAAUAAAUACAGCAGCAAAUCAAAGCUGCAGCCGUCAGCCUUUUAUAUGUAAAGACACAGAAUACCAUCAGACCACAUUGUUGUAAAAGAGAACACAGACCAACACUGAGUGACUGUUGGUUCAGACUGAAUCCAGCAGUCAGGUGUGAUGGAUGUGUGCCCCAGCUAAAGGCAGGGAGGAAUCUGGCCCUGGAGCCUGCACAUCUUAAUCACCUCUAACAUGAAACACCACAGUGGUUUGGUCAGCACAAGCACACAGAGCGAGUUUCCCAAAAAACCCAGUCUAAGGCCACUUCCUGCUCCACGGGCUUCGAGUGGCUUCAGUGUUAGUGCUGAGAAAUGACGGUGGAAUGAGGGUCUAUGGGUUGUAGCUGUUAUGUAAAAAAUGACGAUAUGUUAUUUAAACUACUGCAUGGUUCAUUCCUUCACAUGCAUUUUGUUUUAGAUCAGAUGAGUUGAGGAAAUGCAGGUAAUUUAGUUAUGCUGGAAGUCUGUUAGUGAAUCAGAGGCCAGGUGCAUAAACUGUGACUACGCAACAAAAAAUGAAGAAUACGUACAUGUGUUCUUGGAUUUAAGCCUGAUGUGAAUAGGUGAUAGAGAUUGAACAGAAGUCAAAACAGACAACUUUACAGAGCUUAUGUCUCAGUGUGAUGAGGCGUAAUUUGAAAAAAUCCUGGUUUUUCUUAACUGUUACUUUUUGUCAAAUUAUUUUAUAUGUAAAUUAAUAAUUAGAAUGUGACGAUUCGUGGCCAUCUUUAGUUAGAAUCUGGUUUGUCCAUGUUUGUUGAUAUUUGUAAAAGAAAACCAGACAGCUUUAGAAAAUCGAUUUAAACGUGUAGACUCUGGUACACAUUCCUACCUUCAUGCAAACAUCGUGAUGAAACAACAGUUUUAUGCAUCUGCCCCUUUAUGUGGUAGAAGUGAAAAGAAUCCGUUUAUUCUUCUUGUCUAGGCCAGUAGUAUUGAAACACCACAAUCACUCAGGAAGUCAUGAUGCAGUCCUGGAGCCUGCAUUUGCACAAUACCUAGACUGGUUCUAGUUUAAAAGGGACAGAGUUUAUCUGGGAUUUGAAUCCCAGUUUGGGGAUAAAGUUGAGCUUUUAAUCCCAGACAGUUGAACGUAGAAAUCUCUAUACCUGCAGGUCAAUGUGCUGUGAUUUUUAUUAUAUUCUGUAUAAAGAAAAGCAUUUAUUAUUAUUAUUAUUAUUAUUAUUGAAAAGCUCUUUGUACCGUAGAUAAGCUUUUUUAUUUGAAAUGUUUGACUUUUUGUUGUUUUCUAUGGCGCUUUCCUUUUUUUGUAGCUGAUUUUUAAAUGAUUUGAAGUAGCACUUUAGCUGUCCAGUGAGUUCAGAGUUGUUCUUAUUGUCUGAAUAUGCUUAGAUUUUUUUAUACUCUGUGCAUUGUGAACUGAAAACUGAAUGUUUUGUGACGCCAUGUAUUUCCUUAGCAUGUACUCAGGUUUUAAUCUUUAAUAAACCUAAAUGCAUUUGGGUAAGUUGUAGUUUAAAAUACAUUUGUUUGACAGAAUGAGGUCCCAUAUCAAAGACAUUGCAAAUCCUUCAUUUUUGUAAGUAAAUUUAACUCAAGAUGGACCCAGAAUUGAGUUUUUAGAUACUUAAAUGUUUGCACUUUUUUAAAGAAAAGAAAACUGAACAAAAGUAUGUCACACAAAUGAUGUAUAUUUGACUUUUUGUGUUAAAAGGAAAAUAAAAAGUGAUUAAAAAGCCA